AGCUGCAUUAAAACACCUGGCGCGCAGCAUUGUAACACAGUCACCUUAACAGUGAAACAAAUGAAGUACAGGGGAUAAGUUUGGUGCCUCCUCACUCCAUCAUCCUCACCAUCUUUCUUGCUUUCAGACAACUGAAAGGAAAACAUCUGUGUCUGCUCCUGUGUACUCGUACUCUGUAGGCGUUUUGUUUCUUCUCUGUCUCUGCGUUCAUGUUAGAUUUAGGCUGAAACAGAUGAGACAGAACAGACCCUCUCCACCGCCGCACAAAAAUGUGCGCCUUUGCAAAUAACAUAGGACAACAAAUGAGGAUGUACGAGAUGAAACUGGAGAGAGGGAAGGUAAAGUUUGUGAACCCGAGAAACGUCUCCACCCGGAAGGUCAUGGUAGGAUAUUUUUUUCCUCUUCUUCCCCAUGCACUCUUUACCAAACUUUCUCAGCUGCUUUUCAUCUGCUCUCUUGACGCCACAAACUGCUCCACUGCACUUUUACUGCGCCGUUUCCCUCCGUACAGAGUCUAAUUCAUCACUGAGGUGCCCAUAAAGCUUGAUUUAAUUAAAACAAACUCCCCACGCGAUAAACAGCAGAUUGGGACUUGCUCAAGUAGGUGCAAUAACCAUCCCUCUCUCUUUUCUCUUUUCUCUUUUCUUUUUAUUCCAAUGGCGCGCACAAAACCAUGUAAGGUGUGGGGAAAGUUCAGAAGACAGAGAAAAAAAAAGCAGACUGGUCUGGACCUGUCACCUCUUUAGAAAGGCUUUUCGAUUCAGGAUAUUAUUUUCAGCAGGAGGGUUUAAAAGGAAAUCGCUUGGUGUUGACUGAAAUGUCGAGCGGACUAACCUACCCAAAGUUUGCACAGGAGCUUAAGAGAUUUCUGCUGUAAGCCGACAUAAUAAUUACUGACAUAAUUGCAAGUGAUUAUUCUCAACGGAAGGGAACGCGGCCCUGUUUAAGAGGACGGCUGGCCCUGUAAAAAAAAAAAAAAAAAAAAAAAAAGGUGUUUUCAUAUGCUACCAACGCUUGCAUUUGUAAACUCCUGGUGCGCCUGAUCCGACCCGGUGAUCAAAGACGCGCGCUUCACUUCAAUGUUGUUUGUUGUUUGGCAUUGCCACCGGGGAAAUUGCCCUGUGCCUUAAAAAGGAGCGGUGACGCACCAGCCUCGAAUACGCGCGCUCUGAUGUGGUUUGUGCCUCCUAAUGUGUGAGUGUGUGCGCAGGGGGUAAAGUUUUGUGCAGAGGGCGGGGGCGCGGCUGUGCAGUCUUGUAGCCGAAGCUCUGGGCAGACCUGGUGGUUUCAGGGUGUUGGACUCAGGAGGCAGUUCUGGGGGAGCGCAGCGGAACGCACGCAGGGAUAGAGGCGCAGGCAGUUGGCGGGACAAACGCAAGCGUGCCUCACCUGCACAGAGGGAACUCUCUCGGCAUCUCUCACAUAUACUCUCUCAAAGACCUUCUCUCCCCCGCAUUUUUUGUUAUUUUUUUUUUUAGUUUAGGAAUAGUGCGCUGCUUGCUGCUCUUUAUAAUGGAGCGCGCAUGGAACUGUGUCUCCUCUGCUGGGAUGUUCAUUCUGGGGGUGCUGUCUGUGCUAUGGCCGGCGCUGCACGGAGUUGGGAGUUUUAACCUUUACGCAGAGCAUCCUACGGUUUACAGAGGACCCGAUGGAAGUUAUUUCGGUUAUUCUCUGGACUUUUACCAAGCUACGACCGACAGCAACACGAUCAGUGUGUUGGUGGGGGCACCCAAAGCGAACACCUCCCAGCCCGGCAUCAUGGAGGCUGGAGCCGUCUAUUACUGCCCCUGGCCUGGACACUUUGACAGCUGCAGACAGAUACCAUUUGACAACUCCAAUAACAGAAUGAUUAAGGUAAAUGGCACCAGAGAGCCUCUGGAGUUUAAAUCUCAUCAGUGGUUUGGCGCAUCGGUUAGGACGCACAAAGGAAAAGUAGUGGCAUGUGCUCCUCUGUACCACUGGCGGACAGUGAAGAUAAGUGGAGAGAAGGACCCCGUGGGGACCUGUUAUGUGGCCGUCCAGAACUUCAGCGCCUACGCAGAGUACUCACCCUGCAGGACGAAUGAUCCAGACCCAGAGGGACAGGGAUUCUGCCAGGCUGGUUUCAGUGUGGAUUUCACCAAGGAAGGACGGCUGGUAGUAGGAGGACCUGGAAGCUUUUACUGGCAAGGUCAGGUGAUGACAGCGGGGAUAGCGGAGAUACUAAAUGGCUACUCCUUAAAGGCGGUGCUGAGACAAAUUCCAGGAGAGAAGCACACGAGAGCUGCUGAAGACAAGCACGAUGACAGCUACCUCGGUUACUCUGUGGCGGUGGGAGAGUUUACAGGAGACUCCGAACAAGAGCUGAUAGCUGGAGUCCCAAGAGGAGCGCAGAACUUUGGAUAUGUGGCGAUGAUUAACUCCACCAAUCUGACCUUCAUCCAGAACUUCACAGGGGAACAGAUGGCCUCCUAUUUUGGCUACUCAGUGGCUGUCACCGACUUGAAUGGAGAUGGGACGGACGACGUGCUGGUUGGAGCGCCCCUCUACAUGGAGAGAGAGAUGGAGAGCAAACCCAGGGAGGUGGGAAGGGUGUACCUGUACCUGCAGACGGCUCCCCUCGCAUUUUCCAAACCCGUCGCCCUCACUGGCACUCACACCUUUGGACGCUUCGGCACAGCGAUAGCGCCGCUGGGAGACGUCAACCAGGACGGAUACAAUGACGUGGCGGUGGGCUGUCCGUUCGGAGGCGAGGAGCGCGGAGGCCGAGUAUUGAUCUUUAAUGGCAACCGAGACGUAGCCGUGCGAGGUCUGACGCUGAGCCAGGAGCUGAGAGCAGCCAGGACCCCCAGCGGUGGUUUGCCUGGAUAUGGAUUCACUCUGAGAGGAGGCCAAGACCUGGACAACAAUCAGUAUCCCGAUCUGAUUGUGGGGGCGUUCGGCUCAGGCGAGGUGUCUGCGUACAGGUCUCGAGCUGUAGUGUCUGUGGAGGCCUCAAUGGUCCUGACUCCCAGAAUCCUGAAUCCCGAUGACCGACAGUGUCACCUGCCUCAGACAGACAUCAUGGUCACCUGCCUAAAAGUGGAGGUGUGUGCAGAAGUGAGCGGUGUGGGGAUCCCCAGCUCUGUAGACCUUAGAGCCGAACUGCACCUGGAUUGGUUGAAAGGCACCAGAGGUGGAGUUAAGAGAGUUCUCUUCUUGGACACCCAGCAGCCUCAACACACGGGGCUCCUCAGGCUGGGCCACGGCCGGCUGCGCAGAUGCCUGAACUACAUGAUUUAUCUGAAGGAGGACGAUGAGUUCAGGGACAAACUGACUCCCAUCGCGCUGGCUCUGAACUACAGCUUGGCUCCAGCUACUCGUGAACAAAGCCUCCCACCUGUCCUCAACCACUACAGCAGCACCUUCCUCCAAGAGCAUGCCUACAUUCUCCUGGACUGUGGUGACGACAACAUUUGCAUCCCCGACCUCCAGCUCUCCGCAAGCAUGGACCGCUCAGAGCUGCUGAUCGGCGACGACAACCAGGUCAUGCUGACCAUCACUGCUUUGAACCGGGGGGAGGGAGCCUACGAGACCGAGCUCUACACGCUGAUCCCCCCGGAGGCCGACUACAUCGGGGUGGAGCGCCGGGUGGAGUCUCUCUCUCAGUUGAACUGUGAAUACAAGAUGAUCAACGAGUCCAGGAUGGUGGUGUGUGACCUCGGGAACCCGAUGGUGGCCGAGACAGAGCUGUCUGUCGGUUUGAGGUUUUCCGUCCAAAGGCUGGAAGAUGCUGGACCAAAGAUCAGCUUUGAGCUACAGAUCCACAGCUCCAACAAAGACAACCCCAACAGCAACCUGGUCAGUUUGAAUCUGUCCAUCGCGGCCAAGGCCCAGCUCGAUUUACGCGGGGUGUCUCAUCCCUCUCAGGUGGUGCUGCCAUUCCCACACUGGGAACCCAAAGAGAAGCCCGUCAAAGAGGACGACGUUGGACCACAAGUAACACACAUCUAUGAGCUCCACAACUUUGGUCCCAGCAGUAUUCGGGAGGCCGAGCUGGAGGUCGGCUGGCCUUCUCGUUUCCGUGACGAGAACCUGCUGUACGCCAUGGAGAUUCAAACUGACGGACCAAUUAGCUGCCGGACAAACACCAGCCUUAACCCGCACGGCCUUCAGGUCUCGAGUCUCCAGGACACGCCGGAGUUAUUAGGCUUCUUGAAGAACACCAGCGCUCCUCCUUCUCCUCGCCGUCACAAACGAUCUGUCGGCAACGCGCAGAGCUACAGCAGCAAAAUCCUGAACUGCACCAACAUCUCCUGCCUGCGGAUCACGUGCGUGGUUGGGAGGCUGGACCGCGGCCAGAGCGCCGUGGUCAAGGUCCGAUCGAGACUAUGGGCGCAUACUUUCCUGCAGCGGCGUAACGACCCCUACCUUCUCAACUCUACCGUGUCCUUCAUGGUCACAUCCAUGCCUUAUCGCGUCCAACCCCCCGCCCUGCCUCAACACAGGACCUCUAUGGGCACUCUGGUGUUGUGGGGGACUCCUGAUGUGUCAUUUGCCGUCCCACUCUGGGUCAUCAUCCUGGCUAUACUGCUGGGGCUGCUGGUGCUCGCCAUGCUGACGUUAGCCAUGUGGAAGUGCGGUUUCUUCGACCGGGCCCGGCCACCGGCUGACGACGACAUCUCCGACCAGGAGCAGCUCACGUCCGAACACGCCGGGGACGCCUAAGACGACGCGCGACGGCGAGACUUUGGUUUGGGAGGGAUGUGCACCUUCUGAGUAAUUUAAAUCAGGUCUGAGAUCUGCAUUAGUUGGAACCUACAUUCUUUGGCUGGAGGUCUGUUAAAGAAACUGGCCUGAAAAGAACAGACUGAAGACUGCAGCGCCGCACAAACUGGGACGAAAGGACGGGAUUCAAACCAGACUGAGUGGGACCAGGACCAGCACACUUAACAGGCGCAAUCACACACACAUGUCCGUUGUUUAUCCGUCGCAAUGUGAACUGAGGACAGAGCGGACUUUGUUGUGAAGACGAUGCUUUAAAUGUGUUGCUUUUUGUGCGUGCGUCAGUUGUAAAUGAGGCACAAAGAGACUUGAGAUGGAUGCGCAAAUGCUUCUGUCGGAGUGUGUCUGCGAGCGCGUGUGUGUACAUGUGUGUGUGUGUGCAGGUGCUGUGCAUACGUACGUGUUUAUUAGGCGCCACUUACGUCAUCCCCUAACCAGUUAUUGAUUUGUUAUUUGAACUGAAUCACUGUUUUAUUCAAACUGCUCUGUACACAGUUCACAUACACACUAGAUGCAGCCACACGGACGAACGAAACGGCACAAAGUUGAAGUGUAUAUUUAUGAAUGUAUGUGCAAUAUUGUGUGAUACUGAAGCUUGUUUACACUGGCAUUAUUUUAAUAGAGCUUAAUGUUUCCAUUGUUUAUGUAUAUACUGUGCGUGAUUAUUAGAUAUUGAUAUUUCUGAACAACAAAGCAUUUCUUUUGACUGAUGUAAGUCACAUAGCGUUUUAAAAAAUGAACAAAGUGAGGAGACAAAUAACAAAAAAAAAUAACUUAUUAUUGUUUUAUAGUGAAUUUUACCUUUGAUGAAACAAACCGACCAACUUAUCUUCACCGCUGAGGCCCUGCACUGCUAGUUAAAGGUUUAUAUAUACAUAUGUCUGUCCCUCUGGAUGUGUUUUCUGACAUAGCGGAAAAUAAGGCUUCACAAAGUAGCUGCAAAGAUGAGUCAAGACCAAAUGAAAAAUACGACACUCUGUAGGUGAACAGGAAUGUUUGUCAGCCAGUUAUCUGUUAUUAAUGCGUCACGCACGGGCAGCCAGAACAAAGUGAUCAUCAUCAUCAGUAUGCUGGCUUUGAAGCAACAUUUUAAUGUUGUAUGUGUGAGGUGUUUUGUAUCGAGUGUGAAGUUUCAUCCGAAUAAAGUGUUGUUUGAUUACU